AUGUCAAAAAAACAAAAUAAGAAUUUAAAAAUCAUUGAUUGGUUAAUGGAAGAUACACCAAGAAUAGAUGACAAUUUUUGCAUAAUUCGUGAACCUGUUUUAAAGUAUUUUUCUUAUAACUUUACAACUCUUACAAAUCCUGAAAAGGAUGUUGUUAUAAAUCUUGAAAAUGAUACAAAUCUGCGAUUGCAAUUAUGUUCUCCCUUAAAAGAAAAAUGCAAUGGGAAAGAUGGAUAUGGAAUUUGUUUAGUGAAAAACAAAGUAGAAAAAGGAAUAGGAAAACUUCCUCCAAAAGUAAAUGUAAAAGAUGGAAGAAUAUUAUUUAUAUUCACAGGUGAUGAUUGUAUGCCUGAUACAAAUUAUACUGUAAAUAUACUUAUGAAAUGUGAUUAUGAAGCUGGAAACAGUUCUUAUUCAGACGUAAUAUACGAUGCAAAAUUACAACCAUGUAAUAUAUACUUGAUAUGGAAAACUUCUUUUGCUUGUGGACCUCGAACUACUAUACAAAAUUGUAGUGUAACAGAAAAUGGAUUACAUUAUGAUCUAUCCCCUUUAACAAGCUACUCACAUAAUUAUGUUAUUUAUAUGAGUAAUAAAGUAUUUCCAAAGAUUAUAUUAAAUGUUUGUCAUUCUGUAAUAUUUGAAUAUGGUGCUCUGUGUUUGCAUUCAGGAGCUUGUUUACAAAAUUCUUCGAAAACUGAAUAUGUAAAUUUAGGUAUGGUUGAACACCCACCAUUUAUAGAAGACGGAAAAUUAAAACUUAAAUAUGUAACUGGAGAUAUGUGUAAAGUGAGAAAUGUUGCACUACCACAUAUUAUGACCACUAUUAAUUUUAUAUGUGAUUUUAAAGCUGUGGAUACAGAUCCAGAAUAUAUUGGAGGAGGUGAAGUAUGUAAUUAUCAUAUAAGAUGGAAAACUGCAGCAGCUUGCAGUGUGGAAUCUUUACGUGAUCAUAGUAUAGCAACUGCUGGCAAAUGUACAGUGAAUAAUCCUCUUACAAAUUUUAUGUAUGAUUUGAGACCUUUAAUGAAUAAAAACUUUUAUACGUUAACAAAUAAUGGCAUGGAAUAUGAAAUUGGAAUAUGUGAAUCACUUGUGGAUAAAUCAUGUGUAUCAGGAACAGGAGUUUGCAUUACCAAAAAUAGGACAUCUUUGGGAAAGGCUAAUACAAAUUUAAUGUGGGAAGAGGGUAAACCGUAUUUAAAUUAUACAGAUGGAGAUUCAUGUGGAAAUGGACAACAACGUUAUACAAUUAUUGCAUUUAUAUGUGGGACUGAAGGAUUUCCUGAUGGGCCAUUUAUUAUGGAGCAAAAUACUUGUCAAACAAUUAUACAUUGGAACACUACACUUGUCUGUGAAAAAAGGGUAAAGUGUGCAACAGAUGAUGAUGAAAUAAAUUUAAGUUCAUUGAUAAAAUCCGACAGUAAUUAUAUUAUAAAAAUGAAUGAAACCAAAUUUCUCAUAAAUAUAUGUGGGCCAUUAGUUCCUGUAUCAGGUUUAUCAUGUGCUCAUGGGAGUGCAAUUUGUAAAACUACAUUAAAUUCAAAUAAUGAAUAUAUAAAUGAAAUCAGUUUAGGGUUUCCAAAGGAGAGUCCUAUAAUAAAUAAAAAUCGUGAAACUGUAUUACGUUAUGUGGGUGGUUCAGUCUGUCCUGAAAAUCCAAAACAAUUAAUUUCUUCAAAUAUUACAUUUCCAUGUUAUAAUAAUGACAAGGGAUUUCCGGAAUUUAAAAAAUACGAAGACUGUACGUACGUUUUUGAGUGGAAAACAAGUAUAACAUGUGGAGCUUCGAUAGGAAAUUGGACUUCUCCUUGUAUUAUAAGAGAUCAAUUGCUUUCACAUGAAUGCAAUCUUUCUUUAUUACAUAAAAAUAAAAAAGUUUACUAUGUAAAGAACAAACAAGGAAAAAAAUAUAGUAUAAGUAUAUACAGCGGAGAAAAGAUUUGCGACGGUUCUGCUGUAUGUCAAGGAAGUAAUGGUUAUGGAUCACUAGCAAACGUAAUUUUUGAUUACGGUAGAGAUGUUAUAAAACUUCAAUACUUUAAUGGUAGUAAAUGUGGAAAUAGUUCCUACACAUCAGAAGUACGAUUUAUAUGUAACAAGUCUGUAGGAAUUGGUGCACCAAAGCUGUUAUGGGAGUCCCAAUGCAAUGCAGAAUUCGAAUGGCACACAAACGUCACUUGUAACUGCCAGUCGAGCUCUCCACAGUCGACUCCAUUAGCAGACGUACAUGAAGGUGUCGAAGACAAUUCUUCUAGUCAUAUUGGUACGGUGGCAGGGAUCGUGUUGACCGGUAUCGCCCUGGUAGGAGCAGUGCUUUAUUUCCGAGAUCCCGAUAAGAGGGCGUGCUUGCGCUCUUGCUGCAAUCCGUUUUCCUCUAGAAGAGGCAGCGGUCGUGUUCAAUAUUGCAGGGUUGACACAACGGAGGAAGCUCGGCUACUCGAUGUUGAUCCUACGCAAUGCCAAACAGAUAGCGACGAUGAUCUCUUGAAUGCGUAGUCAUACUUUAUUGUUGUUUUCGUUUACGCUAUAUUUUAUCUAUAUUUCAAAACACACGAAGUACAUUUAUC